GCCGCUCACAACGCUCUAGUGUGCUGUAUUCCUCGACCCGUGCUAGCACAAGCAGCAUAGCAGUUGGCACAAUGUCUACUGCUAGUCGAAACUCUAAAACCUAUUGGGGCAACGGCCCGGGCAACUCCCCCAGGACCCACGGCCGUACCCAGAACAGGCGCACCUCCCGACUCACGAUUGGCAAUGGCAGCUCAUCCGUAGAGAACGUCGACCCAUCCGGGAUGAUCAACCCUAGGACUGUGUUUGUCCGAGGGAUGAGAAUCGAAGGUUGUGGAAUUGACAUCCACAGAGACAUGAAGUCAGCCCUCUACCACGUAACGGGUAGUGGCACUUUCGAAGACCCGAGCGUUGCCUGGCUUCAGGCGGAAUGGGGAAUUGAUGAUGAGAUCCGCGAGGCUCAGUCUAACAUUGCCCGUAGAGUUGCAAAGGCCAACAAAUUCCGGUGCAUCCUCAUCCGUAAGGAAAUGCACGGAAGAGCAUGCACCUUCGAUAGGUACGGCAGGCGCAACACGUUCCGUGGAGAUGAUGGCAUACUUCGGACCGCCACUACCGCCUCCGACAACCACAUGACGGUGUGGAUGGGCGAACAUGCCGGAAGGAUACUAGUGGGCGGCCACAUCUAUAUCAUUCAGGUCCGAGACCCGAAUACAGGCAGGUUCCUCCCGCAGCUUAUGAAUGACCCCACCAACCAGCGAACCAAAUCCCUCCUUCAGCCGGGCCGGGAGAUGGUCGCCGAGGAGUUUUGGCUGGUCAGGAAUACCUGGGAGAGGAUCUAAGGUAGCGAAGGGGAGAGUCAAUUUCUCCUCACCGCACCCCCUUGGCAGGCGACCACAGUGACCCCUUGGCGGGCGAACAGCCUCAGGCCUCCUUACUUCUUUUGUAGCCAAAGUUCAGAGGCACUCAAGCCUCACCAUCUUGCAGGCGAGAUACUUGUUACAGUAGAACAAUACAGAUAUUACAUGACGUACCCAGCAGCAAUAUGACAGAU